AUGCAAGCUUUUAAUAAUAAUGCCGUUGAAAUUUCAACUAAUUCAUUGCUGUGCAUAUACCAUGGUCAUACUGUUUCCCAACAAGAUGGUAAUGCUGUGGCUCAAUAUGCAAUUGUUCCAGAUGAUGGCAGUGUUUUUGAAAUAAAAGCUAAUCAUUCAGUGUGGCCUGUUGAUCAAGUGCAAAUACGAUUGGUCUACACUUUUCAUGUAAAUAAACAAUAUUGUCAUCCGUUUGUUUUUACAGUACAAGAUAUUGAAAGUAGUAUUACAUACUCGAAAACUGAUGAUGGUUGGGUUAAUAUACCACUUGAAUACAUGGGACGGUAA